UAAAGUGUGAACGCUAUCUUUGUGGAAAUAUCGUGCAGACACGAAUACCUGGAGAGAAACUGGAAACAAAACAAAACUUCGUUAAAUUGUGGUCGACGUCGGCGUUAUAAUGAUGUCCACGUGGGUGGUGCUGUUGUUUCUAGUUGGAUGGGUGGACGCACAACGAAUCAGACCAAGCAGUAUCCAGGUUCGUCUGGUGAACGGCGUGCCUGGUGUUUCCGGGAGGGUGGAGGUUCAGCGGAACGCGUCAGAGCCCUGGGGGACGGUGUGUGACGACAUGUGGGGAGACCAGGAUGCUACCGUCGUCUGCCGAAUGCAGGGAUCUCUGUUUGGAGUGGCACAAAGGAAUGCAGCCUUUGGUCAAGGUACUGGUCCUAUUUACAUGGACAACGUCCAGUGUCGCGGGUCGGAGACUAUCCUCGCCCAGUGUCCGUUCCAGGGGUGGACCGUCCACAACUGCAGACAUUACGAGGAUGCCGGGGUCGUGUGCACCAACAAAUCAGUUGUACUCACUGCAUUUAGACAAUUCUACAACCGACCGACGACCGCCAGCAAAGUCGGCGCCGUCCAGAUUCGAACCACAGACGGUCUUAUUCCCGUGUGUGACGGCAACUGGAACGACAACGCCGCCAAAGUGGUCUGCAAGUCGCUCGGUCACACGAGUGGGAGGUCCCUGUGCUGCUCCCGACUGAGCCCCUUCACCUCCACUCUCUCCAGUGUCCGCCGCCUGGCCUUCACCAACUUCACCUGCUCGGGGACGGAACAAGACUUACUGGCCUGCCCUCACGCCAACGCGACCAGGUGUGCUGCGAGACACUUGGCGUCCGUCAUGUGCUACGACAAACCACUGGACCAGGUCAAUCAAGAGUCCCUGUCAGCAGCAGGUGCGGUGCUGGCAUCUGUUGGUUCUGUGACUGUUGCCUCUAUCCAAGGCAACAUCAACAGGCAACCGUGGAUUCUUGCCAAACAUCAGAAAGAAUGGUACAUAACCAGUGGAAUCAUGUCUGGUUUUGCUCCAGCACUAACGGAGCAGCCCCCACCCCCCGUGCCCCUGUCUCGUUUCAAUGUCGAGCUCGUCAACAGCAGCUCCGACGGAUCGUGGGGCAGGGUCGAGGUCACAUAUAAGGGGGUCAGAGGUCAAAUCUGCGGUUCGAGCUUCAACGAUAUGGCGGCGAAAGUAAUUUGUAAACAGAAGGGUUACCAAGGAGGGGGAGUGUUACUGGGGCCGUGGACCUACAACAACAACCUCCCAAUAUGGAUCGACGCCGUCAACUGUACGGGACGCGAAACCUCCAUUAAGGACUGUGCCACAAACCCCCUGGGAAACGCCGUCUCGUACUGCUCGCCAACGCACGUGCUGUGUACCAGCCAAUCAGGGGGGACACCAAGACUGAGUCUCGCUGGGGGAGGUGCGUCUUAUGGCCGAGUCCAGAUCACCUUCAACGGGGUGACAGGAACUGUGUGCGACAACAGCUGGGGCGGCAAUGACGCUCGUAUCGUCUGUAACGCGCUGGGCUAUGCAGACGGCACCGCGAUGCGUAGUUCGUACUAUGGGUCAGGGUCGGGACCAGUCUACAUGGACUACACCUACUGCACGGGCAGCGAGUCGUCGUUGUGGACAUGUCGCACACGCAGGGGGUGGAACUCGGCAGACAGCGCCUGCGACAACCACACUAAAGACGCCGGAGUUGCUUGCAUUAGGGAUGUGAGACUAAAACAAGGAGACCAUUCCAAUGGAAUAGUGAUGAUUCCCCGUCGAUACCGUACAUACACGCGCUGGGUGGCUGUGUGCGGUACCGGAUUUACCAGCGUUGAGGCUCGCGUCGUCUGCCGGGAGCUGGGAUUCCAAAAUGGUCGCGUCCUUCCGCGUGGAGCAUACGGGCGAUUUUAUAGUUCAAGUUAUGUCAGAAAGAACAUCACGUGCACCGGAAAUGAGCCAUCCAUCUUGAACUGUUCGUACAGCAGAGGGUAUUGCUCCAGCUACUCCAACACUGGCUAUGCUUCGGUACACUGCUACAAUGGAACACUUCCUACAGCAAAGUCCAUAAGUCUAACAGGAGGAGCCAGUGCCGUGGCCGCAGUCACUGGGCGCGUAUUGGUCAACAAAUACGGUAUACCAAACGGGCGGAUCUGUAACUCGUUCUGGGACGACAAGGACGCCACCGUCGCUUGCAAGCAGUUGCACUUCAGGGGCGGUGUCAGCUUCCAGUACUAUUCCGCAGGAACCGGUCCUUACAUGCUCUCAAACCUGGGUUGUUUCGGUAACGAGACAUCCCUGUUUAGUUGCAACUCCGGACAAGAAGCGUGCAGUGCGGUGUACAGCUACCUGGGAGAUGCUGGGGUGCUUUGUUACAGAAGGAAUGCUCCCGCCAUUGAUCUGGUAGGUGGGUCCACUAACCGUGGGCGAGUGGAACUCAUUGUUGACAGUGUUAGGGGUACGAUCUGCGUCUCCGGAAGCCACAAGGACAAUAUCGCCAAGGUCGCUUGCAUUCAGAAGGGCUACAAGGAUGGAGUAUUCACAAGCGAAUUUGGCGGUGGCACAACCGAGGUGCUCAUGUCGCACGUUUUGUGCACAGGCACAGAACGCACGUUGUUCCAGUGCCGAAACAUGGGCUGGAGAAACCCGCCGAGAGGAACCUACUGCCAGAGUCACCAACGCGAUCUCGGCGUCACGUGCUUAGGGAACGUAAAGUUGAGCGGAGGAAUCACUAACCACAACAUAUCGUACGGGCGAGUGCUGUACAACAGGGACGGGCGCUGGGUGCCUGUGUGUAGCACGGGGUUUGACGCCCGGGACGCGCAGGUCGUGUGUCGGGAACUCGGCUUCACCUACUACAAGAAGUUGCACGACGGCGCCUUCGGCUCACAGUACUUCCACACGUACAUCUCCAGUGUCAACUGCACGGGCACCGAGACCUCACUCAAGAACUGCCCGUUCACCACCCGGGGCUGUCCGCGGCGGUAUCCGUACACCAUGUACGGGUCCGUGGCCUGUUCGCGGACACCAUUUUCAAAAGACAUCACCAGUUCCCUGAACAGCGUCUUUCCAUCACUUGUGUUUGUCCAGAAGUACGGCGUCAACAGCACCGUAUGCAGCGCCGGCUGGGACGACAGAGACGCCACCGUCAUCUGCAGGGAGAAGGGCUACAGCGGCGGCCACGCCAUGGGCGACAGUUACUACACGUUAUCCCGUCUGCCACCCAAAUGGUUCUCGAGCUUCAACUGCACGGGGUCCGAGACACGCCUUACCGCCUGUCCCUACUCACAGCAGCCUGCGAGUGUCUGCCAGUCUUCAUCCAUGACCGCUAAAGUGUUCUGUUACAGCAGACAAGAUGCCCUCCCCGGCACUGUUCCUGGGUUUCAGCUUCGUCUGGUUGGACCCAGCGGCAGUCCAAUCGGAUCAGGGCGGGUCGAGAUGGCUGUCAACGGCAGGUGGGGUACUAUCUGCGACCAUCACUUCAGCACGAGCGACGCCCGUGUUGUCUGCAAACAGCUGGGCUUUGUCGACGGUCGAGCCAUGUCGCGAAACAGCGCAGGUGCAGGAAGUGGCCAGCCAUGGCUGUACUCGGUGAGCUGCCGAGGAACCGAGGCGGCUAUCUGGCAGUGCAGGAUGAGACAGUUCAAUAGCACCUACAGCCGCUGCACGAGGCACCAGUAUGACGCGGCCGUCCAGUGUACAGGGAAUGUUCGUCUGAGUCCCAAUGUGACGUACGGCGCAAUCCAGGUACGAAGCAGUAACAAUAGGUACAGUCUUAUAUGCGCCGACAACUUCACCGACAACAGUGCCAGAGUGAUCUGCCAGGAGAUGGGCUAUUCCUAUGGCAUCAGCAUCUGCUGCUCGGCGUUUGGAAGGCAGUCUUACCGCAUCGCCAUCACGAACGUGCGCUGUCGGGGGCAGGAGACCAGGCUACGUGACUGCCCGCAGGACACCAGUCUAACGUACUGCCCUUCCAUGAAGUAUGCGUCGGCCGCCUGCUCUAACACAAACCCGAGAACAGGGUACGACCUUGCCAUUGGCAGCGGCAGAGCGACAUCCAACAACGGCAUGGUCAAAGUGAGUCACAUGAACAUCUGGGGCACCAUGUGUCCUAACGGUUUCGACAGCAAGGUGGCCAGCGUCAUCUGUCGAGAGAAGGGCUUCGCUGGCGGGUUUGCCUAUGUGUACCCGCACUACCACACGUACUACGUCAGCGACCUCAGGUGGCUGUCCAACGUCAAAUGUGUGGGCACGGAGUCGUACCUCCAGAGAUGUCAGGGGGUCGUGUUCGGAGACACGGCUGACUGCAAACCCGUCGGGGACGCCGCCGUCUACUGCUACAACAAUGCCACUCUUGGUGUCCAGUUCCGGCUUGCCAACAAGACUGGUAACUCUGGACGUGUUGAGAUGGCCAUAGAUGGCGUGUGGGGAACGAUCUGUGCCGACUACGGCUUCAACAACGACGCCAACGUCCUGUGCAAGAAGUUCGGCUACAUCGGCGGACGAGCGGCCGGUACUGGCAGGGGCACGUUCGGAGCAGGGUCGGGUCCGGUGUACAUCAACAGUAUGCGGUGUAUCGGCAACGAAUCCGAUAUAUCGCAGUGCCCGAUGCUUGUCAAGUCUCGAUAUUCGGGAUAUUACUGCAGGAGACAUCGAUACGACGCAGCCAUUUCAUGCUUUAACGAUGCUCGACUAGUGGGCUCAAACACCGACAACUUCGGUCGCGUGGAGAUGUUCCGAAACAACCAAUGGCUGCCCGUAUGCGACAGUUCCUUCGACGACAACGCCGCCAGGGUGGUCUGCAAGAGCAUGGGCUUCGUGGACGGCCGCGCCAUGUGCUGCUCGGCACUCGGCCCCAUCACCGGCUCCGUCAACGUGACCGUUCAACGGUGUUCCGGCGACGAGUCCUCCCUCAAGAACUGCCAGACGUCAAACGGCUGUCAGGGCGGGAAAUACGCGACGGUGUACUGUGCACAUCAGGUCAUCAACACCAACAAACCCGCUGUCGUUCGACUGCGUCCCACACGCUACACUACCACCAACUACGUAGAGUCGAUCGAAAUGAACAAAUAUGGCUUCUGGGGUCCCGUAUGUGACAAAACGUGGAGCGACGCUGCCGCCGCCGUCACCUGUAAGAGUCUGGGGUGGAGGGGCGGCGUACACUACACCACGUACAUCUACAACUCGAAACCCAUGGUGAUCGACAACGUGCGGUGUACGGGGCGGGAGGCAAACGUAACAGCGUGCACCGUGAGCGGGCUGGGCGUGAGAAACGCGUCUUGUUCGUACCCGAUGGUUAGAACGACGAGAUACGGCACGAACACAGUGAGUCGCAAGGCGGCGGGCGUCCUCUGCUACAACACAGGUGUUUCCGUGCGUCUGGUUGGUGGUGGACGGAACUACGGACGUGUUGUCAUCACCUACGACGGCACCGAUGGCAGAGUGUGCAACUCCUACUUCGACGACAAAGACGCAAAAGUUGUAUGCAAACAACUGGGAUACAAAACUGGGGUUUACAGCCUGACCGCAUACAGGACGCGGGGUCGUGGACGAGUUUGGGUGAACAACGCACGCUGCACGGGCACGGAGACGUCGUUGUUCCAGUGUCAGAAGAACUGGUACACCAACUACAGGACUGGCUACUGCAGAGACGCCGGCGUCAUAUGCUACAACUCAGUUCGCAUUGUUAGAGGAAAUCGCAAGAACUACGGUCUACUAGAAGUAUACUACAACGGAAACUGGGGAGGUAUUUGUAAAAAGAACUGGAAUGCGAAAGAUACACAGGUUGCGUGUCGAGACCUCGGCUACACGAAUGGUACUUUUGUGUGCUGCGGCGCGGCUGGCGAUCACUACCAGCCCACAUUCGACAAUGUGCGGUGCACUGGAAGGGAAACCAGUUUGGUGAACUGUUCACACGACGCCCCCACCGGCAAGUACUGCUUGGGAAACAACGUCGCAGUAGCGUGUUACAACGGAACACCGUCAACCGACUUAACGUGGCGGCUUGCCGGGGGUAACAACUACACGGGUGAGCUUCUCGUCAACUUCACUGGCUUCGAGGGGCGGAUCUGCCCCGAUGGAUGGGACGACACCGACGCCAUGGUUGCGUGCAAGGAGCUGGGCUACAGCAAGGGGAAGGCGUACAGUCACGCGCGCUUCAGCUACUACUACUCGAACAACGGCGCCUACUGGACGACUAAGAUAGGCUGCACGGGCGCGGAGACCAGCCUGGCAGCUUGCCCCAGGACUCGACUCGGGACCGUCACACAGUGUUCUACAUCACACUCAGCAGGACUUAUGUGCUUUGACAAUUCAGGGAUAUACUACCGCCUGUCCGGGGGAACUGACAACAGCGGAAGGGUGGAGGUGUCCUACAACGGCGUGUGGGGCUCGGCGUGCCGCUCCAACUUCGACAACCGCGAGGCCAACGUCCUCUGUCGCACGCUGGGAUACUCCGACGGCGUCGUCGACUACCGGAAGACGUACCCCAACCCAGUAGGUCCAGUGUACGACGCCAGGUUCCAGUAUCUCGGCUACUACUACAACGGCCAGACCGCCAGCAGGAUUUCGCUCAACUCCACCAUGAGCUGUAUGGGGGACGAACAAAGUGCGGUAGACUGUCUCACGCAAGACAGCUGCCAGUCUACUGAUUACGCAUCGGUCGUCUGCCAGAACAAUACUGACGUCAUCGAUGAAAGAACCACUAUGGGACCAAAGGUCGAAUUUGCAACACUUUCUGGGGUGACCGAAGAAGCUAAGGCCUUCUGCAGGAAAAAGGGAUACCCGGAUGGAAUCGCCUACCAUUACUCUGUGACCUAUAACUACAUGCCCUUACAAAAUCGGGGCCCAUUUUGGGUGAGCGCGAUGAACUGCACUGGCACAGAAAACGGCCUUGAUACAUGCCCGUACAACACGAGACUAAACCUCGGCAAUUGCAGUGGAGCGGACAUUGGUUCAGCAAUAUGUCUCAACGAAACGUCUGGGAUUUCUUACCGACUGGCUGGAGGGGGAAACAACUACGGUCGCGUGGAGAUCUCGGUAGGCGGUGUCUGGGGCACCGUCUGCGACAGCUACUGGGACAACCGUGAAGCUGGAGUCCUGUGCCGGACCCUGGGUUACUCAGACGGUUACGCGCUCAGACGAGCGUUCUAUGGGCAGGGCACCGGCCCCAUGUGGCUGAGUCGCCUCCAGUGCAAGGGCACGGAGACGAACAUCCAUCAGUGUCCACACGCAGGGUUCAAUGGGCAGGUGGUGGACGAUUCCAGAUACUUCUGGUUCCGCAGCUGCCAAAGUCAUAGGCAAGAUGCGUCCGUUUACUGCAUAGAUAAAGUACGACUGAACCUGGGCUUGAACGCCAGCCAGGGGGCGGUGGAGGUGUACGAUAACGGAAAGUGGAAUGCUGUCUGCGAUGACGGGUUUGACAACAAUGACGCACAGGUGAUUUGUAGGACUGUGGGGUAUGGAUUUGGUAUUGCCGUUCCCGGGUCCAAGUAUGGCAAGACUGCUGGUCCUGUUGGUGUCACACAGGUCCAGUGCCUGGGCAACGAAGCGAGCUUUAAGAGAUGCAAGUACUCGAGGAGCACCGUGUGCAGUGCGGGAACAUACGCGUCGGUCAUGUGCAGCAAAACACAGAUCGUCGAUCGUGGAUGGAAAAUCACCAUAGCUCAGGAUGACCGACUUGCUCCGAACCAUGGCCGCCUGGCUGUCAACAUAAACGGGAUAUGGGGUUCUGUGUGCAUGGCGAACUUUGGAAAGACCGCCGCUAACGUGGCCUGCAAGGAGCUAGGGUACGCCGGAGGGGUGUCGUACCGCGCCUACUACUCUCGUCAGACCCUGCCCUUCAUCAUGAUGGCAGAGGUCACGUGCACCGGAAAUGAACAAUCGCUUAAGGACUGCAAGUACCAGUCGUCUACAUCCAAGUCUUGGUGUGAUUACUACGCCCCACGAGCAGGCGUGCUGUGUUACCAGAAAAAUAACAACAUCCGUUACCGCCUGACAGGGGAGGCGGCUAGAAAUGACCGUGGUCGGGUGGAGAUGCUGUACGCCAACCAGUGGGGCAGUUUCUGUGACGUCUACAGCAGUGACUCGUCCGUCGCCAGAGUAGCGUGCAGAGCUGUAGGGUUCAAGGACGGCCUGUAUGCACCGGGCGCGCGUUACAAAUACACUGUAGACUCUACCCACCCUCACCCGCCCAUCUGGUAUUACUACCUGCGUUGUAACGGGAACGAGAGCACGAUAACGGAGUGCACCAGUGACGGUUUCAACAACUCAGCCUCCAUAUACCGGCGGUACUGGAAGAGCUACUGUCAAAGACUCGGUCCAAUGUCGGCCACCUGCUACAAACAGAGUUUGAAAGUGACGAACAUCCGCCUGGUAAACCCCUACAGCAAAGACAAGAACAUGGGCCGAGUGGAGGUGUUCCUGCGGGGUCCCAACGACUGGGGCACGGUCUGCGAUUACCUCUGGGAUGACAUUGACGCCACUGUCGUCUGCCAGCAGCUCGGAUUCGCGAGAGGCGUGGCGCCCCACCGGGCCGCGUUUGGCAAGGGAACCAACGUCUGGAUGGACAACAUGGGCUGCAAGGGAACAGAGUCGAGGAUCCAGGACUGCCCCUUCAAUGGGUUCGGGGUACACAACUGCAGAAACGAAAAGGACGCCGGUGUUAUAUGUUCAGGUGUUUUGCCGUCAACCACUGUCCCAAAGACGAGUGCGUCGACAGCAGGCCCAACCAAACAGCCGCCCGUGACGCGAAAACACAUCACAGCGCCCAGCAAGACGCCGUUAGCAGCCAUCGUUGUGCCAGUGGUCGUCGUGGUCCUGGCUGCCAUCGCCGUCGUGGCGUUCGUCUUCUACAGGCGAGUGUACACGCGUAAAGGAGACAUGAACGUCAACCUGGUGGAAGACGACUCAGAAGCGACGCCAGGCAUGGUGUCGUUCAGGAAAACCGGAGCGUUCUUUUCCAAGAAGAUGGAACAGUCGUCGACGUCAGACGCAAUGUGUAUGAGCAAUCCGUCGUAUGACAUCGUACACGCUGAUGACGUUCAGUGAAGCAGAGACAGUUCUUGUGUAUACUUUUGUAAAUACAGAUAGAAGCUAAAUUAUUACAUUCAAAAUAUCAGAAAUAAGUUCCCGUGUUGCUGAACACUGGCAUAAUAAUUAAAAUAUCAGAAAUAAGUUCCUGCAUUGCUGAACACUGGCAUAAUAAUCAACUCUGAACGAUUCCGUUCGAACUGAACAACAUAACUAAUGUGAAAAUACUCAUCUUGGAUAUAUUAUAACAGUAUAUAUUUACAAUGUGUCUGACUUUGACAUUUGCUUUUUUUAAACGUGUGUUACCAUAGUAAGAGAGAUAAACACAAUGUUUUUAACAAUGCUCAUAUUUUGUAUACUAUGUAACUGGAUUCAGUUUAUAUUUUUGUUAAA